AUGUGCCAAACCACGGAUGACAUCAAUAAGCUCAAGAUCAUCACCGGAAUAGUAUUCGGAUUCAUGCUACUAGAAAUAUACGGUCACGUCAAGACCAAUUCCCUCUCUCUACUUGCUGAUGCACUGCACCUUCUCGUUGAUUUGAGUGGAUUCAUUCUAUCAAUGAUCACUAUCAGACUGUCCCAGAAACUUCCCACUUCCAAAUACACCUUUGGAUUCCACCGAUACGAAAUACUCGGUGCACUUGGAACCGUCCUUCUUAUUUGGAUUGCUGCUCUCUAUUUAUUGCUUGAGGCAUUCUAUAGAUACCAAAGUCCCAAGCAGAUUGAAAGU